CCGGGCCCCGCCCCUCGGGCACUGCGCAGGCGCACUGACGGAUGGACGGGCGGUCGGGCGGACGGAGCGGAGUGAAGUGGGCGCGAGCUCCGCGGCCCUGAAGAUUUAUUUCACCUCCGAAGCGCCGCUGGGGAAGAAGUCGGAGAAGCGGUUGCAACUACCCGGGAGACGCGGCCCGUUUCUUCUCGCCACUGUGUUGAGUUUUUGCUGUAAACACUGGGAAAGUGGAAAAUAAAAUGAACGUGGUAACAUCUUGAAUACUUUUUUUUUUUUUUUUCUGGAAAAACUAAACUGGAGGAGGUAAAAGAGGAAUGGCAUCCAGAGAGAGGCUCUUUGAACUUUGGAUGCUUUAUUGUAAUAAGAAAGACCCAGAUUACCUGAAAUUAUGGCUGGACAGUUUUGUAUCCAGCUACGAGCAAUUCUUGGAUGUGGACUUUGAGAAACUGCCCACCAGGGUAGAUGAUGUACCGCCUGGAAUCUCCCUCCUUCCGGAUAAUAUUUUACAGGUUCUGAGGAUUCAGCUGCUACAAUGCGUCCAGAAAAUGGCAGAUGGGCUAGAAGAGCCCCAACAAGCCCUGUCCAUUCUGUUGGUCAAGUUCUUCAUCAUCCUUUGCAGAAAUCUGUCAAACGUGGAAGAAAUUGGUACCUGCUCCUACAUUAACCAUGUCAUCACCAUGACAACGUUUUACGUUCAGCAAUUGAAGAGCAAAACGAAGGAGAAAGAGGUGGCUGAUCAGACGGCGGUUGAAGAAUUUGUCAGACAUGCCCUGGCUUUUUGUGAGAGUCUCUAUGACCCAUAUCGCAAUUGGAGGCAGAGAAUUGCAGGAAGAAUCCUGAGUUCGGUAGAGAAGAGCAGACAGAAAUAUAAACCAGCCUGCCUUACAGUGGAGUUUAUCCCCUUUUUUUACCAGUGUUUUCAGGAAAGUGAGCAUCUCAAGGAAAGUCUCAAGUGUUGCUUGUUGCAUCUCUUCGGAGCCAUUAUAGCCGGUGGUCAGAGGAAUGCCCUCCAGGCCAUCUCCCCAGCCACCAUGGAGGUCCUCAUGCGAGUCCUGGCCGACUGUGACACCUGGGCCGACAGAGAUCCCGAGGAAGUGGGCAAAAAGGCAGAACUGACCCUCAGGUGCCUGACGGAAGUGGUGCAGAUCCUCCUGGCCAGCAGCUCGGAUCAGCGGCAGGUGGAGACCGGCACGCUCCUGGAGUUCUACUUCAAGCUCUUGAACUCAGACCAGGCCGCCCUGCCCAAGCAGAGGAGGUCCAGACAGUGGGAGAGCCGCUUCAUAGCCCUGCAAGUCCAGAUGUUAAAUACCAUCACAGCCAUGUUAGAUUGCACAGACAGGCCUGUCCUUCAGGCAAUUUUCCUAAACAGUAACUGCUUUGAACAUCUCAUUCGGCUACUGCAGAACUGCAAGCUAUUUUUAAAUGCUAACAAUAAGGUGGCAGACAAGAACGAAAAAGACCUUGCCAACAAAUUACUGACAGAAAUGAAUGAGGACCAGGUGUUUCAGGAGCAGUUGGAUAGUCUGGCCAGAUCAGCCAUUCAGGCCUUGACUGCAGUGAUGCACAAAUCCCCUGCUGCUAAGGAGGUGUUCAAAGAACGGAUCGGUUACGCCCACAUGUAUGAGGUACUGAAAUCCCUGGGCCCGCCUUCCCGAGAGCUGCUGAAAGAACUUAUGAACAUGGCCGUGGAAGGAGACCACACCUCAGUUGGGAUUCUGGGCAUUAGCAACGUCCAGCCCCUGCUGCUGCUUGUUCGGUGGCUUCCGGAGCUCCAGCCGCCCGACUUGCAGGUCUUCAUCUCCGACUGGCUGAAGCGGAUCUGCUGUAUCAACAGGCAGAGCCGGACUACGUGCGUCAACGCCCACAUGGGCGUCCGAAUCAUCGAGACCCUGGGCGCCCACGCCUCCCUCCAUCGCCUGUGCGCGGAGAACCUGAUCGCCCUCCAGGGCUCUCUGGGGAGCCAGUCGAUGAGUUCCGAAGAGCUCCACAACUUCAUCCGGCUGCUCCGGGUUGACGAGCCGAAGCAGCAGGGUCACCCGUACGCCGUCCCGGUGAUGCGGGCCCUCCUGGCGAUGGCUCGCAGGCAGAGCCUGGAGAGCGCGCUGCAGUAUUUCGACCUGUCCCACGGCAUGGCGGGCAUCUCGGUGCCGUCCAUUCCGAGGUGGCCGGGCUCUGCUUUCUCCUUCAAUGCUUGGCUGUGCCUCGACCAGGACCAGUUGACCGCUGGCCUUUCCGGCAAGGGCGGAAAGAGAAAGCAACUGUACAGUUUUUUUACAGGAAAUGGCAUGGGUUUUGAAGCCUUUAUCACUACUUCUGGAAUGCUGGUGGUAGCGGUGUGUACCAAAAGAGAGUAUGCAACAGUUGUCCUUCCUGAGCAUAGUUUCUGCGACUCCCUCUGGCACAACAUCACGAUUGUUCACAUGCCGGGCAAGAGGCCCUUUGGUCAGAGCCUUGUCUUCAUCUACGUGAACGGACAGCAGAAGGUCUCUGCUCCCCUCAGGUUUCCGGCCAUGAAUGAACCCUUUACUUCGUGCUGCAUCGGCUCCGCCGGGCAGAGGACCACCACUCCUCCUCCGUCCCAGAUCCCCGACCCUCCGUUCUCUUCCCCCGUCACCCCUCACCGGACGUCCUUCGGAGGGAUUCUGUCCUCGGCCACCUGGGGUGGGACGGUUGAGAAAACAGAAGCGAUCACCAAAUUGAUCUCAGCCGGGACCCAGGACAGCGAGUGGGGCUGUCCCACAUCCCUCGAGGGUCAACUUGGAUCGGUCAUCGUCUUCCACGAAGCACUGCAGCCCCCUCAGAUUAAGGCCUUGUAUUUGGCAGGCCCAAACUGUUUAAGUCCUUGGAAAUUCCAAGAGUCCGAAGCGGCAGAUCUGCCUAAUAAAGUGCUUCUACACUACACACCAAAGGCCUGCAAAAAUCCAAUCUGCCUCGAUCUGUCCAUCAAUUGUUUACAUGGAAGAUUAACGGGAAACAAAGUAGUGAACUGGGACAUCAAGGAUAUGAUCAACUGCAUAGGUGGCUUGAAUGUGCUGUUCCCACUUUUGGAGCAAAUCAGUGUUCUUAGCGGACAGAUGCCGGAAAAAAACCGGGAAAGUAUCACCCCUGAACCAGCCACCCCCAUUGAAGGGGAUUGGGUGGUGUUAUCUUCCACAAAGGCCUCAGAGUCACGGCUGGAGAAGAAUUUUGUGGCCACUUUUAUCUUAAUGGUGAAGCACUUUAUUCAAAGACACCCCAUCAAUCAGGAGAACCUCAUUCACUCCCACGGUGUUGCCACUCUAGGGGCCUUGCUGCAGAAGGUACCAAGCAGCUUGAUGGAUGUGAAUGUUUUAGUGGCUGUGCAGCUACUAAUUGAACAGGUUUCAGUGGAGAAAAACAUGCAACUUCUGCAGCAGAUGUAUCAGCACCUACUCUUUGACUUCCGUAUCUGGAAUCGUGGAGAUUUUCCCUUUCGGAUCGGACACAUACAGUACCUUUCCACCAUCAUCAAAGACAGCCGGAGGGUCUUCCGAAAGAAAUUUGGUGUACAGUUUCUCUUAGACACGCUCAGGAUUUAUUAUGGGAGUGUCUUCAAAGAGAACGAACUGUCUCCGGAUGAUAUCCGAACCAUAAGAACUUCUCUGUAUGGAUUGAUCAAAUAUUUCCUAAGUAAAGGUGGGACUCAUGAAGAAAUACAGAGCGUCAUGGGAUACAUAGCUGCCACCAGUGAUGAAGAACAGCUUUGUGGGAUUCUGGAUAUUCUCUUCAACCUGCUUCAUACCAGCCCUACUCGAGAUCAGCUUUUUUUAUUGCUCUUUGAGCCAGGAAACGCUGAUAUCCUCUAUGCCCUGCUGUUAAAUCAACGAUACUCUGAUAGACUAAGAGAGUACAUUUUUAAGAUUGUGGAGCAGAUGCUGAAAUGCACUAAAGUAUAUGAACGGAGUAAGCAGAGAAUUAGACUCAGAGAAGUGGGUUACUCAGGGCUGGGACUCCUGCUGAACGAUGCACCAAUUCAUAUUUCGCUUAUAAAAAGCCUUCUUAAUCAAGUCCUCAAUACAGACCCAGCUGUGAAUUUUAAAGACCUUCUAGCCGUAAUAUAUUUGUCCCAUCGAACAGCUGUGAACUUCAGGGUGGCUAUCUGUAGAAAGGUUUUACAGAUUUUGCGGUUGCAACCGGAUGCAGCCCAGCAGAUCUCUCAACAAGUGGGUUGGCAGGAGACUUUGGUUCGACUUUUCCUCAAAGAAAAUUUUGAAACCCGAAACACCCUCAAGCAAAGCAGAACCGAUCCCGGAAAGGACGAAGACCAGAAAUUAGCUGUUGAAGACUUCCAGAAGCAUUGCAUUGAAAAGGGAGAUCGGGAAAAAACCGGCAGCUUUACCUCAACUAACGCGUCCUUGGAUCGGUGGUCCUUGGAAGAUGGAGCCUCCUUGGACUCAAAUGCUCACGGGUUGGUCGACGAUAACUCCGGGGCCGAGACGCCUUACCGAUCAGAGGACCGAGAAGAGUUGUGGCAUAAUAAUCCUUCUCGGUUGAGCUUAGAUCUCACCGGAAUGGACUCGUAUGAAUUAAGUGAUAGUGGAAGUCAGAUACCCGACAGUUUACCUAGCACACCAUCACCGGUAGAGUCUUCUAAACCCUUUUCUCUGCAACCUGAAAAAGAGUCCAGCGUCACGGAUGAUCUGGGAUUCGGCGAUGACCUUUCAUUAUUUGAGAGCUCAGAGGGAUGUGAAGAAGAGCUUCUGCGCAUCCUGACAAAUAUCCUGCAUUGUGUCAUGUGCAAAGGAUUGGAGAAGUCUGACGCUGCCGCUUGGAUAGAGAGGGGACAAGUGUUUUCUGCGCUAGCUAAACCAGGAAUCUCCAGUGAGCUUCUGCGACCUUCAGAUGAAAUCAAACUCAACUUGCUAGAGAAGAUGUUGGAGUGGGCCGUCUCCGAAAACAGGGAGACCAAAGUCAGCGCCGCAAACGCCGAAAAUGCGUAUCGACUUCUGCUCAUCGUACAGGAUUUUCUCCAGGCCGAAGGACUUGUCAACACAAGCCUGUGGAGUGAAAAGCUUUUAGAAGAAAUGAUGCCACUGUUUGACAGUUUGGCAGCCUGGUAUUCUGAGAGCCCAGAGUGGGUGAAAUUGUCUCAGGUCCAAAUCCAACUGCUUCUUGGAUUCAUUGAGAAGGAUAAUUUGCAGGUUUGUGCCAUGGCGUCAGCCAAGCUCAACACCCUUCUGCAGACCAAAGUGAUCGAGAACCAGUCCGAGGCCUGCUACCUGUUGGGGAAGCUGGAACACAUCCUGAGGCGAUCCAUCAAGGAACAGACAGAAAUCUACUCUUUCCUGAUCCCCCUGGUCCGGACCCUAGUGUCGAAAAUUCACGAGCUGCUCUUCAUGUACCUUCACCUGCCCUCCCUACCUCUCACCAACGGUAGCCCCUCAUUUUUUGAGGACUUCCAGGAAUACUGCAGAUCAAGCGAAUGGCAAGUUUACAUCGAGAAAUACAUUGUUCCGUACAUGAAGCAGUUUGAAGCCAGCACCUUCAGUGAUGGACAGGAGAAUAUGGCACGCUAUUGGAAAGACUGUUAUGAAGCUUUAAUGGUAAAUAUGCACAAGCGAGACAGAGAAGGAGGAGAAAGCAAACUGAAAUUUCAGGAAUGUUUUGUGGAGCCAUUUACCCGGAAAGCGCGCCAGGAAAACUUGCGGUACAACAGCAUGCUUAAACAACUGAGCAGCCAACGCGUAGCUACUCUGAGGCAAUGGAAGGCAGCCCAGCUCUAUCUGACGUGCGAUCAGGGCCCCUGGGCUGAAAGGAAACAGAAUCCUAUUCACUGGAAACUUGCCAAUGUGGAAAACUAUUCCCGCAUGAGGUUAAAACUGGUGCAGAAUUACAACUUCAACACUCACCAAGAGGCCAGCGAUCUGAGAGACAAUCUAGGAGUCCCGCAGUCCCAGCCCUCGAGCGAGUCACUGCUUCUGGAGGUGGUGAAACAGGUCAAGGUCAACGAUGUGGAAGAGGAUCAAUUAGACCUUCCCGAAGAGGAUAUGACAGCCAGAGCCAACGUAGAUGAGAAGGAUGAAGAGAGUCAGAAAGAAAAACUGAUGCUGUCGGAAGACUGCGAACUCAUCACCGUUAUCGACGUGAUCCCGGGCCGAUUAGAAGUCACCACUCGGCACGUCUACUUCCACGAUAGCAGCAUUGAAAAAGAAGACGGGAUAGGGUUUGAUUUCAAAUGGCCCCUCUCUCAAGUCCGAGAGAUCCACCUGCGGCGAUACAACCUGAGAAGGUCCGCCCUGGAGAUCUUCCUCAUCGAUCAGUCUAACUGCUUUCUCAAUUUCAAAAAGGAGGUCAGAAAUAAAGUGUACAGUCGACUUUUGUCUCUUCGCUCCCCAAAUAUUUAUGGGACCCGAUCACCUCAGGAGCUAUUUAAAGCAUCAGGAUUGACACAGAAAUGGAUCAACAGAGAGAUAUCAAAUUUUGAUUACCUCAUUCAGUUGAACACUAUGGCAGGACGAACUUAUAACGACCUUGCCCAGUAUCCUGUGUUUCCUUGGAUCCUGCGGGAUUAUACUUCCGAAGAGUUGGAUUUGAAUAACCCCGCCGUGUUUCGAGACCUCUCCAAACCCAUUGGGGUGGUGAAUGAAAAGAACGCCAAAGCUAUGCAAGAAAAGUAUGAAAAUUUUGAGGACCCCAUGGGGACAAUUGACAAGUUUCACUAUGGAACGCACUAUUCCAAUUCCGCCGGGGUCAUGCAUUACCUGAUUCGCGUGGAGCCCUUCACGACGCUGCACGUCCAGCUGCAGAGUGGCAGGUUCGAUUGUGCGGAUCGGCAGUUUCAUUCUAUUCCUGCCACGUGGCAGGCUCUUAUGGAUAACCCGUACGAUGUCAAAGAGCUUAUUCCUGAAUUCUUCUACUUCCCAGAGUUCUUGGAAAAUCAGAAUCAAUUUAAUUUGGGCCGACUGCAAGUCUCCAAAGAACUAGUGAAUGAUGUGGUUCUCCCCAAGUGGGCCCGUUCACCUGAAGAUUUCAUCUACAAACAUAGGAAAGCUCUGGAAUCAGAGUACGUCUCUGCUCAUCUCCACGAGUGGAUAGAUUUAAUUUUCGGCUAUAAACAGAGGGGGCCGGCUGCAGUGGAAGCCCUCAAUGUGUUUUACUACUGUAGUUAUGAAGGAGCUGUGGAUCUGGAUGCCUUAACUGAUGAGAAAGAAAGGAAAGCUUUAGAAGGGAUGAUUAAUAAUUUUGGGCAAACACCCUGUCAGCUGUUAAAGGAGCCUCACCCUCCAAGAUUAUCGGCAGAGGAAGUAGUGCAGAGACAGACUAAAAUAGACGUCUGUACCCUGAACUUAUUCCAGCACCUUCCUGAGCUCAAGUCAUUCUUCAUAGAGGGAAUCAGUGACGGUGUUCCAUUAGUGAAGGCUGUUGUCCCCAGAAACCAGUCUCGUUCUUUUAUGUCUCAGGGGAGCCCAGAGCUAUUGGUAACCGCCAGCAUGAACUGCAUUAUUGGGACUCAUGGGUGGCUGCCUUACGACCGAAAUAUCUCGAACUACUUUACUUUCAUCAAAGAUCAAACCGUAACAAACCCGAAAACCCAACGAAGCAUGAACGGGCCUUUUGCGCCCGGGCUGGAGAUCACGUCCAAAUUAUUUGUGGUUUCCCAUGAUGCAAAGCUGCUGUUCAGUGCAGGACAUUGGGACAACAGCAUCCGAGUGACGUCGCUCACCAAAGGCAAAUUGAUCGCACAGCACGAGAGGCACAUGGAUGUGGUGACCUGCUUAGCUACAGAUUACUGUGGGAUACAUCUGAUUUCCGGUUCCAGAGACACAACGUGCAUGAUUUGGCAAAUUGCCCAGCAGGGAGGCGUUCCGGUGGGUUUAGCCACUAAACCCUUUCAGAUACUCUACGGACACACAGAUGAAAUAUCGAGCGUUGGUAUCAGCACUGAGCUAGACAUGGCAGUGUCAGGAGCAAGGGAUGGCACUGUAAUUAUUCAUACCAUUCAGAAGGGCCAAUAUAUGCGGACUUUGCGACCACCCUGCGAAAGCUCUCUGCUGCUGACCGUCCCCAGCUUGGCUCUGUCGUGGGAAGGGCAUAUUGUUGUCUGCACCAGCGUAGAAGGCACGACCAACUUCAAGGAUAAGAAUGCUUUACACCUAUUUUCGGUAAAUGGAAAGUAUCUAGGCUCUGAGAGCUUGCAGGAAGAAGUGUUGGAUAUGUGUGUAGCUGGAGAGCACAUCGUCAUGGGCAGCUUGCAAGGCUUCCUCUCCAUUCGCAACCUCCACAGCUUGAAUCUCAGCAUCUCUCCGUUAGCCAUGAGACUACCCAUCCACUGUGUUUCGGUUACCAAAGAGUACAGCCACAUCCUUGUAGGACUGGAAGAUGGCAAGUUGAUUAUUGUUGGCGUUGGCAAACCAGCAGAGGUGCGUUCGGGUCAGCUAUCCCGAAAACUCUGGGGCUCCAGCAAGCGACUCAGCCAGAUUUCAGCCGGGGAGACGGAGUAUAACACUCAAGAGGCCAAGUGAUUGCUGCUUCUGUCGUCUGCCUAACACCUAGAAACUUGAUGUAUUUGCUAGUCGCUUUAAACAUAUCUCUCAACUUCCUGAUGGCUGUUUCAGGGUGUGAUCACAUCAAAAUUUGGCACGUGCCUAGUACGUUUAGAAGCACGCAGGCUGUAUUGUCACGUUUUACACUUUGGGCCUGAUUUCCUUGAACCCAAAUGCUUUUCCAAGUUACAGUGAAGUCUGAGAUGACUUGAAGGGUGUGACAUUCCCCAUGCUAGUCAGACACUUCCAACUUUCUUCAAGUACAGCAGAAGAAAGUGAACAAAAUGCCUCCCUCAGCUAGGUAGGUACCUCACAGCCCAGGCGGGAAAUUUGCAAUUACUUCAACAGUUAAUGUCUCGAUGUCUCUGGGUUGGUGGAGAGAUGUGAAUUGAAACGUGUUCUGCCGGCUGAUCAUCUUGCUGUUCUCUGAUCACGUCACUAGUUUAAGUCUUCCUUUCCGUGGUUCUGCUGCUAGAUGUUCCCAAACUGUAUUUGUUUAGUUAAAGCCCUAGGAUGAUUGAGUGAACCAAAAGGAAACGAAGAACAGAGACAGGUGUUCCAGCCUACUCUGGAAAAGUAUCUCUGAGUACUCAAGUGUGUGGAGGAUUCUGAAACGAAAAAAAAAGCAAGGUACAUUUUCAAAAUUGAUGUUUCGUCUCCUAUAUGCAAUAGUUGCUAGAUCUGUUUUUGGCCUAUCAACUGUAUUGCACUUCUGGAAGGGUAUGGGAAUUCUGGGUUCUGUAUGUAUUAAGCAAUUAACCCAUUAACAGAGGUUUGUUAGAUUUUUGUCCACCUCGUCAUUGCUUGUAAAUCUGUUAGAAAGCCGUGAGCCUGAAUCUUGCCAUCGCACAGAAAGUAAUUCAUUGGAAUUCCAGACAGCAAUUCCCAGUGGACAAUAUUCAUGUUUGAUUUAGGUAUACGGUUAAUCUCAUUACCUUAGAUUUUCAGAAACCGAAGACUAAGUAUUUCCUUCUCACGAAUUUCAGUGAGGAGUUCAUUUGGGAUGGAAAGGCCUUAGUUGUUGAAACUAAUGAUCACUUAGGGUCCAACCCUUUCUGAUUUACUGCAGUGUGCUGCUUUUACAUUUAAUUGAAAAGAAGUCAUUUGCCUAGUGAUGUUCUUCCAAUUACCCUGCAAGGCCUUACCUCUUAAAUGUAGUUAGUUCCUUCUGGGAUACCUUUUCCCCCCAAAAGACUCCGCUGUGUCCACAAGACAUUCCCAUUCCAGAAAUUUGAAAAUAAAGGCUGGAAGCUUGAUAGCUGAUUAUGAAUUGUCAUAAUAUCCAGGAAUUGACCACCACUAUGGAGAGCUAGCCACAAGGAUCAGACUUAGAGCGUGGAGGAGUGCUAUCUUGGGAGGUCUCCGUCCGGAGUUCAGAAACCAAACACGAUUCUGUAAAAUUGGUUCUGGGCUUGAGGAGAGUGGAGUAGGAUCCGGUGAGAAAAUGCGUUAUUGCUUAUUGUCAUUUUCUUGCCAAAUGGCCGUGUUUGUAAAGAGGUGUCCAAACAGAAAUCGGCCAAGAAUCACGGUUUGGGGAGGGAGAGAUGUUGUUUCCAACAAUUUAUUGUGUUCUCAUUUUCCAAGACCUUUUUAAGUAGUCUUACUUUGGAUUUCAGUUUUAAUGUUUUGGUUUAAGAGAAGGUUAGAAGCCAGCAUACUCCUGGUGGUUGAUUUCAACUUAAAUGAAAGAUGGGUAUGCUCAGCAGAUAUUUAAUUAAAUCUCUGAAGAUUUUCUUUUGGUCAUUAUAAAGAGAAAUUGAAGGGUGCCUAGGUUAUAGAUCUGUUAUUUAUUUUGGUUGCCUGUAGAAAUUAGUGAAGGACGUUGACCCGAGGUUAGCAGGGUCGUUCACAAAGAUUUAUCUUUUGACAUGGUGGUACAUCGGGCUUUUGUAGCAUAAAGGUCAGAUGUGUUUUUGCAGUUCAGUUGGAGAGAGAUGAUUCAAGACUACACAGAAGUAGGCACCUCAAGCCUCAGGUAUUUGACGGCAUUGAGGGGUCAUAGGGUGGAAGAGCAGCAUGGUAUUCGGAGGCUGGAAGGUGGGGCCAUCCCUGAGGCAAUGCUGCAGGGACUGUAAGCUCCUUGAGGGUGGGGAUCAUAGCUACCAACUCUGUCAUACUGUACUUUCCCAAGCGCUUAAUACAGCGCUCUGCUCACAGUAAACACUCAAUAAAAUGCCAGUGAUAACGCUGACAGACUCUCCCAGCCCAUCUCAUUAGCCCCAGGGGGUUCUCAGACUCACACUGGGACUCCUCAACCGAUAGAUCAAUCAGUGGUGUUUAUUGAGCGCUUACCGUGUACCAAAAACUGUACUCAAUGCUUGAGAGCGUACGAUGCAAUAAAGGAGGCAGACCUCAUUUUUGUCAAAAGGAGCUUUCAGAUGAGUGAGACAACCUGAUUACCUUGUAUCCCCCCAGUGCUUAGAACAGUGGUUGGCACAUAGUAAGCACUUAACAAAUGCCAUCAUUAUUAUUAUUAUUAUCUUGAGUGGGGGAGAUAGGCAUGAAAAUAAGUUACAGAUGGGAAGAUACAUAAGGGCUGUCCGAGAAGAUUUUUGUAUAAGUCAAACUGGGGUCCUCUUCAAGUCUGAGAUAAUAGUAAUGGUACUUAAGCGCUUACUGUGUGCCAAGCACUAUUCUAAGUCCUG